CACACGAUAUUUACAAUAUUUUUAAUCAGCAGGUAGAAUUUCGUAUCUUGUCAAGUUUUUUCGUUUCCGGAUUAAUUAACAUUUUGUGGUGAAAUUUGCUCUGAUUAUCCAUUACAAAAGAGGCACACGUGGUCUAAUUAUUGAAAAAAUUGACUUGACGUGAAAAUUUCAAUCUACACGAAGAUUCCUGCGGACUCACUUAUCAGCCCACUCGGAUAAAUUAAAUAAACGGAUAAGCCCGACUCGCGAUGACCUGCUUUCUCUGCGCGUCCCCUUCGACAUCCGACGUUCCCCACAACGGCCACGUGACCCGACAAAUCAGUCUCUUUAAGGAUCUCUUAAACAAAGAAGCCUUCGCCAAGGGUUUCCUCGCCCAUUCGACCUACUCCCUCGAAUACCCCACCGCCGAAAAUGAGAGCGACAAAUCCUGCGCCACGUGCCUCACACGUGUCGGCCAAGUGUGGGAAUUGCACCGAGAAAUUUUAGAGCUGCAAGGCGAAAUGAAAACCAUGCUGGGGAGAACACUUUUCGAACAUGUCGGGAAACUUACCCCUCGAAAGAAAAUAGCUGCCUCAAAAAGGAAGAAACAAGUCCAAGAAGGAAAAAAGGCUGCUCCAAAAUGCGACCAAAUAAUGAGCGAAAUCCGGGACGAAGCCACGCCCGUGUUCAACAGCAGGAUCAACAGUUCCGCUCCCACGCCUGCGCCACGGCAAUACAGUGCAAAGAAACCUGCACCAAGCGAACCUAUAAACAUAAAGACCGAGACAAACCCCGAAUCCACAAGUACAAAAGCCCACCCUGGCCGGUUCCUUCCUGCAGAUCCCAUCCAGCACAAGGACACCAUCAUCAAGAAGGAACCAAAAGACACCAUCGUCCCCGUCAAAGUAGAGGGAGACGACGCCUUCUUCGAGUUUGAAGACGCGGAGGAAAUGCCGAUCGCGUCGUCCACAUCGUCGUCAAAUCCGCAUUUUUCAAAUCCUGUCGUUUCUACUGCAAAGUCUAUCCGCAGUUAUUCCAGCAAACAAAGGGGACGCGACUGCCAGUUUGGGUGUACCCGAUGUGAGGGCCUCUUCCCCACCAAGGCGUUCCUUAUGAAGCAUAUUAGCAAGUGUACAGGAGUCAAAUUCUCACGCUAAAUAUGUACUACCUCAACAAUUAAUAAUGAAAUAAAUAAAAAUGGUAUGAGUCAUACACAAUA